AUCAACAGUGAUAACAGCUGAUCAUUUAUUUUGGACGGAGACAAGGCACGCGUGCAUUUGGUAAAAUAAUAAGACGUAGUUACCAAACCUUAUCGUAUUUCACCAACGUUUUUGUCGUGAGGAAUUUUCAUUAUAAGAACUACAAAAAGACUGGAAUGAAAAGAGUAGAUUUUGAUACUGUGGAACAAAAGAGAUACAAAAAAGUCACAAAGAGAUAAAAUAUACAACAUCGUAAUUAAGUGGAGAAAAACAUUACCAGAAAUAUGUCGGCCUCAAUGGAGAAUCUUACGAUUAAGCAGCCUAUUAGACGUCUGGAAAUCCAGAUCAAUAAUUUCAAUGUUGCUAUUCCACAUCAUGUAAAUUUGUUAAAGCGACACAAGAACAACAUUAAAAAGUAUCAAGAUCAGCAUGAUUGGGAGCAGGUACGGAAGGAACAUGUAAAUGUCUCUCGGAUCGUCAAGCAAUUGAAAGAGUUGUUGUAUCAGAUGGACACUCUUAGAGCACAGGUCCUCGAUGUUGACAUUAGUAAAUUUGACAAAUUGACAACAAAUGCACGGUCAAGCAUCAUGAGCGCGAUCGAAGAAUAUCUAGAAAUGGAACUGAAUUUUUCGACAUCACCAUCUAUGUCAUCUACAAACAAAGAAAUUCAACCAGAUGAAAUCGAACAUCCACUUGACAACAGAAAUAUUCAACUGCAAGCAGAACAGGAAAAUUUGCAAUGUCAACAGACAUGUCUGCAUGUCUGGAAUCGUUUGCAGGGAGAUAUACAACAGUUGCACGAACUUUUUACCGAAUUUAACAAAGUUGUACAUGAUCAGAAAGAGAUGGUAGAUAAUAUGGAAGAUAAUAUUGAAGAAACUCAAACAAACGUGAAUGAAGGAGCAAAAUAUCUGCAAAAGGCUUCCGCAUAUAAAGUUGCUGCAUAUCCCCUAGCAGGCGCUAUGAUAGGCACAUGUAUUGGAGGACCAAUAGGUUUAAUAGCUGGAUUGAAAAUUGGAGGUCUUGCUGCUGUAGGUUGUGGCAUUUUAGGUUUCACAGGAGGAUCAUUAUUAAAAAAGAAACAAAUAGAAUUUGUUUCGCGAAAACAAGAACCAGGUUUAAAUAAUUCGACAAUAGAUCUCACAAGUGUUAAGAAAUCUGCUUCUUGUCCUGACGAUUUAAAACAAGAUAAAAAACAUUUGUGACAAACAAUGACUUUUUCGGCAUGUGAUAUCAAUUUUAAACAUAAAACAAAAUGCACUGUUAUAUAAUUGCAAAUUGCUAAGAUAUUUAUACAUUUUUUAUUUUUUGUGGACAUAUUUUUUGUACAUAUUUAAAAUGCUAUGAGUUUUGUAAAGUUAUGUAGUUUUAAAAAUUCUAUGAAGGGGGGGAUUUUUUUAAUUUUUAUUACGUAGUGUUUGUAACGUUCUUGCUUAAAGAAACAAUGACUAGUCGUGUUUGAACUAUAAAUUUUUAAAAAUAUAUGUCAUCUAUUUAUAGUCUACUAAUAAAUAUUAUCAAGAUGAUUGUACUUUUUCAUAGAACUUAAAUAUAUGCAUGGCUUAAAAUUAGGUUAAACAUAAGAGAAUAUCUCUUUUAUAAAAUAAUGACUUUUACAUGCCUUUCGCGUGCCUUGUAACUGCUUCAAAUCAUUAAGAUAUUUAGCAUAUACUUGUACAUUGCAGCCACUUAUAAUUGCUUUUCUUGAAUUAAUAUGACAAUCAUAUCCAAAAAUAAAACUUAACAAAUGCAUAUUGUUUUUCACAUUUCAAUUAAGAAAUGUUACAUCAGAUAUAAAAACGCAUUGCAUUGAUCAUACUACAAGUAAAUUAUUAAAUUAUUUAUAGCAAUUUUAUUAUGAGCAAAAACUAAAUGCCAAAAUGACGAUUGUAAUAAUCAUUCGAAACAUAUGAAACAUCAAAAUAUUUAUUCCGGCAAAUAAUUACAUACUGGAAAUGGUAGACAUACGUGGUAGAUAAUACGGUGUGAUAACGUUCACAAAAACAUUUGAGUUCUCUACAAAAGGCACCCAAUACAGUAUAUUUAGCAAGUAAUAAAAUACAUCGGUGUUAGACACAGUACAAUACUGAAAUAAUCGUGUGUUAAAUGUAAUAUAUACAUGUCAUUUAUAAUGGAAAUACUUAAUCUAGAGAGACUAAAAUGUUCUACUUAAAAAAAUAUUAAUAAAUAUCUAAGAAAGUGUAAUAUUAAGUGACUAUCGGCAUAUUUUCUUAUAAGGUACUAUUUUGUUAUUAUUGUUACUCCAACAUCCCUAAUUCAAAAGCAACACCAAACACUCAUUCACAGACAUGUGGAAAA